CCGCGUGCUGAGUAGAGUCGCUCCACUCCCUGCUCGCGCUCAGAUGCUUUCCUCCUCGCAGGCGACGCACACACUGGCACGAAAAGUCUGUUGUUUGAGGAGUUUCCUGUCUGUUUGCAUCCCCGCGCUGUGAUGUCAGCCCCUCGAGCCGUUCUGGUGCUGCUCUGCGUGGCGUGGGCUGUGGCGCGUGCCCGCAGGAGUUCUCUGGAUCCGGAGGAUGUUCAGGAGAAAGUCAACAGCGCGAGAUGCACGUCCAGGUGUCUGAGUCUGCACAUGACCCAGCUGACUGCAGCCUUCAGACAUAUUCAGAAUAACGAGGUUCUGGUCUGGUGUGAAAACCACAGACGCUGCGCUCAGUGCCUUCAUCCAUGCAAAGAAUUAUGGGAAACUAGGAAGGUGAUUUCUCCAAAGUUAUGCGAGAAACAGACAGAGUGUGUGACAAGCAGGGAGUUUCUGGCCUCUCUGAGGUCGUCCCGCCAGGGAGAUUGCCCCCCACCGCAGCGAGCCACAGGAUUCGCUGCAGCCUGUGUUGAGAGCUGUUCAUUUGACCAGGACUGCCCGACCUCUAGAAAGUGCUGCUUUAAUGGCUGCGGGCAUACUUGUCAAGCACCAGCCAAUUUAUAUAAAGGUGUUCCCUUGAAACCUCGCAGGGAGAUGAGUUUUUUGGAAGAUCCUGAGGGUCGUGUGAAGGUGGCAUGGCUGUCAAAGUUCAACGUCAGCAUGGAGCCUGUCAUUUACAUGCUUCAGUCGCGCUGGAACAUCGGCAUUCACCCCAGUGAGGACCACGCCUCUCCGUGGGCAACCGUCGUCAUGACCCUGUCUGAAGACGCGGUUUUGUCCGACCUGCGGCCUCAACGUUGGUAUCAGUUCAGGGUUGCAGCCAUCAACAGUCAUGGCAGCAGAGGCUUCACCACACCCAGCAAACACUACAUCUCCAGUAAAGACCCAUCCCCUCCUGAGCCUCCGACAAAUUUAAAAGUGAGCAAUCAGAGUCUAGAAUGGACAGAUACACAAAUGGCACCUGAGUUCACAGAAAGGUUGGAUGAAGCAAAGGCCACAGCGGCAGUGUUAUUGCAAUGGGAGCCCCCCAGAGAGGGAGACCUGCCUGUUCACAACUACAGAAUAACCUGGACGUCUCGACAAGCACGCAAAACUCAUAAACACAUGGUCCAAACUUAUCCACAGACAGAGCUAACCAGCAAGCAUAUGCAUGAACAGGGUAAAAAGGAGAGCAAUAGCGCACUGACUCAUGGGUGUCCUCUCCUCCAAGGUGAAGACAUCUCAAAUGAGCUGCCCUCUUCCUCGUCGUCUUCAUCCUUACCAUCUUCUCCCUCUCAAGCAUCCUCCUCCUCUUCCUCCCAGCUUCCCAAAUCUUCCCGUCGGACUCAUGUGGAUUUGCCUCCGAAUCCCUCUGAAAAUCUGCGGCUGGAGGUCGCUGCCCCCCAUUUCCACAACAAUCAGCUGCAGGUGAAGGUGUUCUGGAAGCGCUCUAAUCACAACAAGCAGAGACAGCGAGGUCCUUUUAUUUUGCGGUGGCAUCCACACACCUGCAGUACAAAUGUCACAAGAGGAGACAGAACAAUAACGGUGGAGGGUAAACACCACACUAUUAAAGGUCUGCAAUUUGCCUGCAAGUACAGGGUCUCAGUGGCAAUGGCGGCUGAUCCGAAGGUAGAGGCUGUUGCCUGGGUUACAACCCCGACUUGCUCCUCCUUUAGGGUCAGAGGAGACAGAGCUUCACCAUGCAGCAAAGACGAGCGCCCCCUGGCAGGGAGAAAGGUGGUACUGCGUCCAGAACGACUGACUGCAGACUUCCAUCAAGUCAAUGGUACUUUGCUCACAACGUUUCGCUGGAGGAUGUCCCAUCAUGCAGUUGACUCAGCAGCUGUGGAGGGCUUCCAGUUCACCUGGAGUCUGCAGCCUGAGCUCAGUCCUGCAGAACCGAGGCAUGAAGAUGCUCUUAUCUCCCAGACCCAAACUAUUGCACUGUCUGAACGUUCCAUCACUGUUGAUGAGCUUGAGGCUGACAGCGUUUACCGGGUGCAGCUACAGGUGCUGACCACAGGCGGCAGGACCGGAGCGGCCGUCUCAAAGAGCAUUCACACCCCAGCAAUUAACAACACAUUUUCAUAGGUAGUGGCAUUCAUUUCUGGAGCAAGGCAUAUACAUGAAUGUAUUCUGAAUUCAUUUGUACCUUUUUUUUUUUAUUUUAUUAUGCACAUUGUAGAUGACUGUGGUUCUUUUGCAUGUUACUUUUUACGUUUUUACCACAUAAUGGUGACUCUUUGCUGCACCGUGGUCAUCUUUUCCAGCGUCAAUGUUUCUACCUUCUUGUUUCCUACCAGCUGAUCUUAAUGGCAGAAACCAUGUGCAAAAAUGUAAUAUAGGUUUUUACAUUCAAUUUAUUUCCUGCUUUGAACUGUAUUCCUUUAUUAAUUCAGAUGCCAAACAGAUUCAUUUGAAAAUAACUGUAAUCUAUUGUUCAGUUUUUCAGUGUUUUGGAAGAAAAAUAAACUAUACCUGUAUGUGGAGCCACUUUUUACUGUACCUGUGGGAUGUAUGAGGCAGCAUAGCAUUUAUGAAUGUGCUCACAUUAAUACAGCCAUAUUAAAUUUUCCCUCGCUUCAGUGAAAACCAUAGCUUUUGUUGGGAAAUUAAUUAUUGUUUAAAUAUCUGCAUUGUUUGGUGUCUGUAUGAGACUAAUAACUUUGACAACCUUAUAUUUUUCAAGUCAUAAACUAUUGUAAAUAGCCGUUUGUUUUCUGAUGUUUUUUUAUUCUGCUAGUGGAGAAAAGUAUAGCACUGACUUUAUGUAAAAAUAGCAACAGCAUUGUUUUUUCUCUGGAAAUAUUUCGAUGCUGUCUCCAAUAUUUUUGUUUUUCCCUUCUUUUUUAU